AUCUCUCUUUUUCUUGCAGAACCGUCUCUCUCCCUUCUCUGUCUCUUAGCACAGAGCUCUUAUUCAGCCACUAGCUCGGCCCUUCCUGCUUCAAUUGUAAUGCUUGUUCUGCCCGUCCACAGACCAUUGACGGCAGAAACAACGAAUUUCCUCCAAACUAGGCGGUGUUGGUGGCUCUUGCAUUCCUCUGGAUGAGCAAAUCUAGUUGGGGGGCUCCAGAAGGGGAAGGCUCCUGGGCUUUCAAAACAUCCUCCUGAAUCAUACCUCGUUUCGAGUUCCCUAGAAAAAUCUGGACGUGUAAAAAGAACUCUUAACAGCCGAUGCAGCUCUUCCAAAGCUAAGGGACCAUUCCCUCCAAAAUCCUACAAGGUGGGUCCAUGACAUCUGCUAGAGAAAAAGAGGGACAUGGUGGAGCGAUAGGAUUCCCGUGGGCACUGACAUACUGGCCUCUGAGGGUAGGAAGACUAAUGCUUAGUACAGGAAAGAAGGGAAAGAAGGCCUUGGCGAGGACUCUUUUAACUCAGCAUUUCACAGAAGCUCCUUCAGUGGAGACUUCGCCGGGAACCUUCGCCCACCUUCUUCUGAUCGCAUUUCCUGCCUGUGGGGCUCCACGCGGGACGUCACAUCCGGCGAUGCGCAGGGCGUAGGGCAUCGGGCUGCCUUGGAGUUUUCAUGAGAAAUUGUCCCUGGAGGUGUUAAAUGGUCACAGCUUCCUUGGAGCAUUGCAGUUGCUGGAAUCCAGUUUCAGGAUUAAGGGAGGGCUGCCCCCUUGCAAUGGGCUGCCAAGAAAACCGCUGUGCUUGUUCUUAACCUCAGGCUCUGUCUGUGAUCAGUCUGAGAGUCUCUCCCAGGUCUUCUGCUCCCUGGAAAGCCCUAUCUCUCUGCAGGCUCGCCUCUGGGCUUUGUCUCCUUGGAGCCACAUCACUGGGACAGCUGCGGAUGUGGAUGCAGAUUUGAACCAUGUCGCGGCCCCAGGGACUGUUAUGGCUUCCUCUGUUGUUCACCCCAGUCUGCGUCAUGUUAAACUCCAAUGUCCUCCUGUGGAUAACUGCUCUUGCCAUCAAAUUCACCCUCAUUGACAGCCAAGCACAGUAUCCAGUUGUCAACACAAAUUAUGGCAAAAUCCGGGGCCUAAAAACACCAUUACCCAGUGAGAUCUUGGGUCCAGUGGAACAGUACUUAGGGGUCCCCUAUGCCUCACCCCCCACUGGAGAGAGGCGGUUUCAGCCCCCAGAACCCCCAUCCUCCUGGACUGGCAUCCGAAAUACUACUCAGUUUGCUGCUGUGUGCCCUCAGCACCUGGAUGAGAGAUCCUUAUUGCAUGACAUGCUGCCCAUCUGGUUUACUGCCAAUUUGGAUACUUUGAUGACCUAUGUUCAAGAUCAAAAUGAAGACUGCCUUUACUUAAACAUCUACGUGCCCACGGAAGAUGAUAUUCAUGAUCAGAACAGUAAGAAGCCGGUUAUGGUCUAUAUCCAUGGGGGAUCUUACAUGGAGGGCACCGGCAACAUGAUUGACGGCAGCAUUUUGGCCAGCUACGGAAAUGUCAUCGUGAUCACUAUUAACUACCGUCUGGGAAUACUAGGGUUUUUAAGUACCGGUGACCAGGCAGCAAAAGGCAACUAUGGGCUCCUGGAUCAGAUUCAAGCACUGAGGUGGAUCGAGGAGAAUGUGGGAGCCUUUGGCGGGGACCCCAAGCGAGUGACCAUCUUUGGCUCGGGGGCCGGGGCCUCCUGUGUCAGCCUGUUGACCCUGUCCCACUACUCAGAAGGUCUCUUCCAGAAGGCCAUCAUUCAGAGCGGCACCGCCCUGUCCAGCUGGGCAGUGAACUACCAGCCGGCCAAGUACACUCGGAUAUUGGCAGACAAGGUCGGCUGCAACAUGCUGGACACCACGGACAUGGUAGAAUGCCUGCGGAACAAGAACUACAAGGAGCUCAUCCAGCAGACCAUCACCCCAGCCACCUACCACAUAGCCUUCGGGCCCGUGAUUGACGGCGACGUCAUCCCAGACGACCCUCAGAUCCUGAUGGAGCAAGGCGAGUUCCUCAACUAUGACAUCAUGCUGGGCGUCAACCAAGGGGAAGGCUUGAAGUUCGUGGACGGCAUUGUGGAUAACGAGGACGGUGUGACGCCCAAUGACUUUGACUUCUCCGUGUCCAACUUCGUGGACAACCUUUACGGCUAUCCUGAAGGGAAGGACACUUUGCGCGAGACUAUCAAGUUCAUGUACACAGACUGGGCCGAUAAGGAAAACCCGGAGACGCGGCGGAAAACGCUGGUGGCUCUCUUCACUGACCACCAGUGGGUGGCCCCCGCCGUGGCCACCGCCGACCUGCACGCGCAGUACGGCUCCCCCACCUACUUCUAUGCCUUCUAUCAUCACUGCCAAAGCGAAAUGAAGCCCAGCUGGGCGGAUUCGGCCCAUGGCGAUGAGGUCCCCUACGUCUUCGGCAUCCCCAUGGUCGGUCCCACCGAGCUCUUCAGUUGUAAUUUCUCCAAGAACGACGUCAUGCUCAGCGCCGUGGUCAUGACCUACUGGACGAACUUCGCCAAAACUGGUGAUCCAAAUCAACCAGUUCCUCAGGAUACCAAGUUCAUUCACACAAAACCCAACCGCUUUGAAGAAGUGGCCUGGUCCAAGUAUAAUCCCAAAGACCAGCUCUACCUGCAUAUAGGCUUGAAACCCAGAGUGAGAGAUCACUACCGGGCAACGAAAGUGGCUUUCUGGUUGGAACUCGUUCCUCAUUUGCACAACUUGAACGAGAUAUUCCAGUAUGUUUCAACAACCACAAAGGUUCCUCCUCCAGACAUGACAUCAUUUCCCUAUGGUACCCGCCGAUCUCCUGCCAAGAUAUGGCCAACGACCAAACGCCCAGCAAUCACUCCUGCCAACAAUCCCAAACACUCUAAGGACCCUCACAAAACGGGGCCCGAGGACACAACUGUCCUCAUUGAAACCAAACGGGAUUAUUCCACUGAAUUAAGUGUCACCAUUGCCGUCGGGGCAUCGCUCCUCUUCCUCAACAUUUUAGCCUUUGCGGCUCUGUACUACAAAAAGGACAAGAGGCGCCAUGAGACUCACAGGCGCCCGAGUCCCCAGAGAAACACCACAAAUGAUAUCGCUCACAUCCAGAACGAAGAGAUCAUGUCUCUGCAGAUGAAGCAGCUGGAACACGAUCACGAGUGUGAGUCGCUGCAGGCACACGACACGCUGAGGCUCACCUGCCCGCCAGACUACACCCUCACGCUGCGCCGGUCGCCAGAUGAUAUCCCACUUAUGACGCCAAACACCAUCACCAUGAUUCCAAACACACUGACGGGGAUGCAGCCUUUGCACACUUUUAACACCUUCAGUGGAGGACAAAACAGUACAAAUUUACCCCACGGACAUUCCACCACUAGAGUAUAGCUUGGCCGUAUUUCCCCUCCUAUCCCUCUGCACCACCUGCUCAGCAACAUAGAAGAGAUAAAGAAAGAGAGAAAGAAAGUCUCCAAACCAGGAAUGUUUUUGUCCCACUGACUUAAGACAAAAAUGCAAAAAGGCAGUCAUCCCAUCCCAGCAGACCCUUCUCGUUGGUGUUUUCCAGUAUUACGAGAUCGACUUCUGACCCUAUGAAAUGUGAAAGGUACACAUUUCUGUUAAAAUACUGCUUUAAGAUCUCUACCACUCCAACCGAUGUUUAGUGUGAUAGGACAUCACCAUUUCAAGGACCUGGGUGUUUCUAACAUCAUGGAAGCAGCUGACACUUCUGAAACUCACCCAAGGACACUGAAUAUUUUUUAAUUACAAUGGAAAUUUAAACAUUUCUUUCUGUGCCACACAAUGGAUGGCUCUCCUUAAGUGAAGAAAGCGUCAAUGGGCUUUUGCCCAGCACAUGGAGCUGUAAUCCAGAGAGAAGGAAACGUAGAAAUUUAUUAUUAAAAUAAAAGAAUGGACUAUGCAGUGAAAUCUGUAUGGUUCUGUGCAAAGAGGUGUUUUGCCAGCCUGAACUAUAUUUAAGAAACUUUGUAAAAAUUAAAAAUGUAUAUAGCUGUGAGUUUAAACAAAACCACAAACAGACAAACAAGAAAAAAAGCUUUUAUUGGUGUUUUCAGUUUGAAAGAGCUUUUAGCAAGGUUGUGCUUUUCAUUGUGCUCUGUAUGUAUAUAAAUAUAUAUAUAUAUACACAUUAGUCAUAUCAGCUCUGUUUCCUCCCCAACAAAAGAGGCUUUUCUUCUUAAUUACUUGUGGUGAACAAAGACAUGGGAUUUUCUUACAUGAGAUUCUCAUUUGUAGGAGGAUGUGAUGUCCCACAGAAGACCCAGACGGUCUGUGUGGCCUAUUUCCCCCGUCAGGUUGCACAGGUGCAUGCAAGAGCAUUCUUAGGAGACCAUUGUUUUGAAAAACUUUGACUCGUAUGUGUUAGCCUUCAUGAAAUUGCAGUACAGAGAUGAGUCCCCAAAGUGGAAUGUAUUUACAGCUUGUUAAAUUAGAGACAUGCACACACAGAGAAUCAGCAGGGAGAAACAAAAAUACAAGUCCCAUUCUGUAGCUCUGGCCCUUUGAAUAUGUUUAGGAAGAGUUGCUUCCCAUUUCAGGGCCCUGCCAAAAAAAGAAGAAAGCUUGCCUUUGGUGGGGCUAUGCCCCGUGGAGUAAAUACGGCUCUGUGUUCCCUAGCAGCUGCGGGAGGGUUUGGCCGAUGAAGUACCUGCUCAGCUUAGCUAAUCAGAUUGAAGGAAGACAUGUGUCUUUCCUUUUUGUUUAAGCACUCGGUCCCUUAUUUAUCAGUAAGCAGGUUUUAAAAAAUUUUUUGUAUCAUUUUUGGGAUCAAACAAAUGAUUGUCUGAAAAUAUCACUUUUUGUGAAUUUGUAUAUCUGGUCACCAAAUGAUGAAUAUUAUAGAAGAAUGGGGGAAGAAAAGGAUAGAACAUUAAAACUGCUUUGCAUGGGUUUUCUGGGAAAUUAGGAUAACUUCACUGAGAAGACAUUGAAUGGAAAUUAUUCACCCAUUUUAAAUUGGUGACCUAGGGAUCAGAGAUUUUUCUUUCCAAUAGCUUGUCGUUUUCUCAUUUCUCUUCUCAUUUUCAGGAAAGUUUUGAGUGUUAUAAGGUGGAAGGAAACAUAGUAGCAACGGUUACUUUAUAUUUUGUCUUUCAAAAAUUAUUGCGUUACCAAGAAACAGUAGCCAAAGAUAUUUGAAGAUCAUGUCCCUCGGCUCCAUUGUGGGUUAUUCUAGAAAUCCAGUCUUAAAUCUCUCUGCUAAAGUGGACAUUCCUCAUAAAAAUUGUCCAGCUGCCUGGCUCUUUUGCAGUAACAGCCUUUGAUUACUGAAUCCCUACACUCAAACUAUAGUGAUGUAUCAGUGUUUGAGAGUGACCUCUAGAGAAAAGCAAAGUGUUUUUAGAAAUGCAUAAAAGUCAUCCCCAAAUCCUAUUGCUUAUCUUGGGUUAAAUUUGAGAGUGAUUCUCUGUAUAUAAAUAUGUGAAAUAUUAUUAUCUCAACUUAGCACACGUGAAGCAACAUUUCUGUCCUACAGAGAGGUGUCAUGGUAAGAUUUCAUUCCCAAUUCAUUGUUUCAUAGAGCUAUGAUCAGGCCAUUUCUGCAAGCAGUGUAUGACCCCACCUGAGCAACCACAAAUAGGCUCUCCGUGAAACUACAAAGGAAGUGAUGUGUGGCACCCAUGCUGGUUUCGUCUGUCUGUAAUGUGAAUUCCAGUAUUUGUUUAGUAUUUCCAAUUGUCUCCUGCUAGCAAUAUGUACAGUAACGCGUCAGGCUUGUGACAUUUGAAUAAGGAAAAACAGAGUUCCUGUUAAGUGAAUAACUUUAGCUUUUACAGGGGAUUAUGAUCAAAAGUGAUUUAGUACAUCUUAAAUGAUAUCUUAUUUCUACAUGGAAAGAAGUUGUAGAAUCUUCAUAGAGUUCUAUGAGAAAAAAAUAUACUUGCUAUCUAUGAAAAAGAGAAAAAAGAAAAAAAAUGAGAAAAAUAAGAAAAAAAAAAUCGUUUCCUAGGCUUUUAUUCUUGAUCUUCAAAGGCACGCAGGGUUUAAUGGUUCCUUGGGUUAUUAUUUUGCAAUUUUGUUUUUUAUUUUGCCUUAAGUAAUGAUAGAAGAUAUAUAUGGCCGGACACAUAUGUAUAAACUUUUCAGCAGCAUUUUUAAUAAUAAAAUAUCACAGUAUUUUCUAA